GUCAAAUUGUUUGUAAAGCAGAUAAUUGUAAUUCAAUAUAGUAAUGAGUUAAAAGAGAACAAAAGGCCGCCUCGGCACUAAGUGGCUUGAAAUCCUUUUUCGAGUGUCAUUUAACCACUGAUGCAUGACCUCUGGAUCACACCCAUUGCUUUUCUUUCCAACGAGGUGUCCUGCGCACCACAUAAUGUAUACACAUUUCUCUCAGCAGUGCUUUACAAUAUGCAAUAUCAUCAUUAGCAUCUACCUCCCUGGCUUUAUAGCAUUUUAUGCUGCCCUCUGUCAGCUGUUGUGGUUCUUUAUCUUACUUGUGUCUUUUAGCCCAACAUUUAUGGUGGAUGAUGCAUCUUCUAGUUCCAGACCUGAGAUAAAAGGCGCACACACACAUAAACGGGCGUAUCGUGACUUUGUCGUCAUGACUUGUUCCAACAUUUGUUCCCAUAGAAAACAGGCGUCCAAUUGUCUCGGUGAGAUCAAAACAAUCCCCUGAGCACAGAUUCGAUCUUCCAAAAAAACAAUGAGUUGAUUAGAUUCAUAACAAUCGGUUCCAUAUUUCCAGAACAAUUACAACCUCGUAAAACGAGAAAAAGCAUAAAGGUACAGUAAUGAGCACUCUUUAAAACAAAUAAAUAUUUGGAUGUAUUUUAUUUCAUGAAACUCUGACAGUGGAUAGUAUGAUGAACAAUAACACUGGCGGAUGACUGAGGGAGCACUGACCUCUUCCCCCAAAAAACAAAAACAUGCCCGGUCGUGCCAGGCCAUUUAUUUGACCUUUGGGUGUUUCCCGAUUCUUCCAGAAGUUUUGUUCAACAUUUCCACACAUCCUCUGCUGGGAACUUAUAGUGAAUCUUUAGCGGUGUUUCUUCUUUGGGGGUUCGAUCUGACACUCUGGCCACCCCACUGAACAAUUUCUGGCUAUACGUUUGUAUUGCACACUGGACUAUUUUUUUUCCCCCCCAAACAAGCCAGGUCCGACAGCAUGAGCAACGUAAGUGUGUUUGCUGAUAACAAUCGCGCCAAAAUGUCAAGCAGACUAUCACACUGCACCAUGAAUAGCUGUAUAAUGACCUGGCUGAUGGACUGUCAACAUUGACUUUUUCCUCUCCUAUGGUCCAAAAUGCUGUAAAGUAGAGGGCAUCCCGGCUUUCUAAGUAUGUAAAUGCUCCAAACAUCUGCUUGAGAGUGGGAGGGGGUCACUUGGCAUUACCUAAUUAUCCAUGCGCCAUCGUAAAAGGUCAGCGCAAUCUCCACGUAAUCACGUGCUGGAGCAGAAAGGGUCGCCCUCAUUUCAUUUGAUUGCCAUUUGGAAGUGCUGAGAAUGGCUAAAGCGGGCAAAAAGCGGAAACGGUGGGCGGCCAUGUAAACAUGGAUGUGUGGAACUGGGAUGGGCCGAGGAGCAGCGAGUGGGAGGUGCGGGGAUUCUCGGCGCCCUGCCGCUGAAAGGUGGAUGGCUAUAUAGUGAGGAACGCAAACAAGAGCAUCCAUAGGAGAGGAGAUCCACUCACAAAUAAGAUCCCGUUCAGAUUAUCAGCAAUUUAAAAAAAAAACCAAAACCAGUUUAGUUCUAUCCAGGAUGCGUGCUCUUGUGGUCUUGCCUCUGCUGCUUUGUGUCAUGGCGUGGGUUGGCAGCGCAAAAAGCGAGGUCAAAGCGGUGAAACUGUGCGGCCGGGAGUUCCUGAGAGCUGUGGUGUACACUUGCGGAGGAUCCCGUUGGAGGAGGUUCCAAGCAGAGUCAGACAUGGAUGGUGUGUCCACAGGAGAGGAGAACACUUUGGAAAGUUUGCCAAGUAUCAGAACCAGCCCAGGCUCAGACUUGAGCAGGCGGGACAUGAACAAUAUCCUUACUACAGUGUGCUGCCAGGUUGGCUGCAGGAAGAGCGACCUCGCCUUCCUCUGCUGAGCGCUGCCAUCCUCCCGAGCAUCAUCGUCGUCAAGCGACCAAAAAUUAAUCAGUCAAUCUCUUAAAUGCUUGAAGACAACUUGAUCAUAUGAAUUACAAUUCUCAUUGACAUAAAUUCAUUUUGUAAUUGCUUUUUGGGGUUUUGGAUGGGGUUUAUUUUUUUAACUUUCAUUUAAAUGUCAUUUUAUUUGUGUUAAACAAUGAUACCAAUAUUUGGACUUUACCAAAUUUUCAAUUGAGAGUGUUGCAUGUCAUAGCAAGGUCAAACCAUAGGGAGGAAAAAUGACAAUUGGGUUGAGUCCAAAGCACUCUUUGAUAUGUUGGUUAUUAUUUAAAUGGAGGGAAUAUGCUUUCAUUUUGUUGUUUUGUCAAAUAAAUGUUAUUGC